AUGGAAAUUUCGCGACCAUUUAAAUGGACUGUGGGUAACAAUAGUCAAAAUGUUAGUACGCACAGCCAAAUAAAUAGAAUUGAUCAACGUGAAAUGAUUGAAAUGAAUGGUGAAAAUAGUCAAAAAAUUGAUGGAACUGAUAGCGAUGCGACUGUAGAAACUUGGUAUGAAAACGAGUACGUUGUUGAAAAAGUCGUUGGCCAUCGUCUUGUGAAUGAUCGAUUGCAAUAUUAUCUUAAAUGGAAGGACUAUCCAGAUGAAGACAACACUUGGGAAGACGAAUCUGACAUUUUUGCCACUAAUUUGAUUGACGAAUACUGGGCCAAAAAAGGAGGUCGGCCUAUGACAAAUACCUCAAGCUCGUCAUGUUCAUCGGCUGUUGUUUUAAGCCGCCGUCGUCGGCAUCGCUAUAAUGCAAAAGAUAAGGAUGAUGACACAUUCAUGAUUGGUUCUACUAGUUAUGAUGACAACGAUGAAAAUCAAGCGAAAUCAAGUCGUCAUAAAAAUUCCUCUACAUCUCAAAGAGAAUAUGAUGAUGGGUAUCUUGCAAACUAUAAGCCUGUACCAGCUAUGCCAAGACUUAAUAACAAGCAUGGCCGACCAUCUGUUUCUAAUCCGGAAAUCGAAGAGGAAAUGUGGGAAGGUAAUGUUCAGCGUGUUGAAACCGUUGAACGUGACAAAGAUACUAAAGAGUUGUUGGUAUAUAUUAAAUGGUAUGUUACUCUUUUAUGGUGA